AUGGAAAUUGAAAAUAUGAAAAUAUAAUACGAAGAACUUAAUAAAAAGAAAAGAAGAAAAAAUUCAGAGAUUAAAAAAUUACAUGUUUGUUAGCAUUGCCUCAAAACUUAUGGGUAUUAAAUUUAUAAGUAAUAAAUAGGACAUAUGGAGCUAAAUAUAAGCAUAUUAAAAUUAAACAUUAAGAAUGA